CGUGUAACGCAUUCAUUCUUCUCGCAUUGGCUUGCAGUGAAUACAUAUGUAGGAGUAAUAUAGUCCUUUCUUUGCGUAGUCGAUAUUACAUUACCGGCGUGUUUUUUAGUUUACGUAGUUAUUCACAUUAGUUAUGUUAGUCUACGUUUGAAUUUGCUAUCAUCAAGCUACCAUUAGUUUUAUAAACACAAAUAAUGCCACGAGGAAAAUUUGUCAAUCACAAAGGCCGUAAUCGCCACUUUACGAAUCCCGAGGAAUUGGAAGAACAACGUCGUCAGGAAGAAGAAAAACGUCAAUGGAGAAAAAAUAAAGGUAAUGAGUCAUCUAGCGAGGAAGAAGUAGAACCCAAAGCACGUGGGAGUAGGAACAAAUCGAAAAAUGACAGCGAGACUGAUACUGAAACUGAAUCGGAGUCUGAAUCAGAAACAGAGGGUAAAGCGAAAGGAGUUGAGAAUUUAAUUCAGGUGGAGAAUCCAAACAGAGUACAAAAAAAAGCAAAAAAAUUAUCGCAACUGAAUCAAUCAUUAGAUUCUGAAAAGCCUGAAUUGUCGCGAAAAGAAAAAGAGCAGUUAGAAAAGCAAAGGGCCUAUGCAAAUUAUCGGAAAUUGCAUGCUGCUGGAAAAACCGAUAAGGCUAGAGCGGAUUUAGCACGGUUAGCAAUAAUUAAACAACAACGAGAAGAAGCUGCAAAACGAAGAGAAGAUGAGAAGAAACAAAAAGAAUUAGCACAACAAAAGAAAACUGAAUUGACACAAAAGGCAUUGGGUAAAAGAACCUAGAUUAUUAAAAUCAUUCAAAUUAAAUUACACCAUUAUCUAUGUGUUAUAUUAUGCUAAUUUCCUAUACAAUUCAAACCUACUUUCAUAUUAUGGAAAUUGAAUUAAAUGACUAUGAGUAAAUAUGUACUCUAAGCAUUUGAUGGGUAUAUCCUAAAUUGUUUAAAUAAAAUUACUGUAAUAAUAUUUAAAA